AUCUAACCAUAACUCCACUCCUAACCCUGACCCUAACUCAUCUGGCUCUUCUGUCUCCAUUUUCUUUCAAAUAUAAAUCAUGCACCCCAAAGGACGCAGCAGCUCCAUCUUUUUUUGCGGAUUUUGAUAAAAUGUCCACAGUGGGGUCUCCAGUUGAUGUUGCAGUGUUGGACAGAGCAGACGUCAAUGAGAAUCCUCCUGAUGAAGAAGCCAAAACAUGUGAGAGUGAAGCAGCUCCGUCAGAAACGGUUUCAGCUCCAGAUGAAAGAAAAGAGAGUCCAGUGACUGAGACCUCGGAGAAAAUGCCGAUCCCAUCUGUUGUCAUUGAGCCGGCAUCCAGUAACGAAGGGGACGACGACCGAGACGCUGACAUCAUCUCUCCGACCGCUGUCAGUGACAACGGGGUUUCAGCCGUGAACCAGACCGUCAAACACAUGAGUCCAUCUGGUGGAGUUUCAGCACUGCCAGACGACUUCCUGUAUAAGGUUGAGACCAUGCAUGACUUUGAGGCAGCGAAUUCAGAUGAGCUGGAACUGAAGCGAGGUGACAUCGUGUUGGUUGUUCCUACUGCUUCUGUAGAAGAUCAGGACGCUGGCUGGCUAACAGGGAUCAAAGAAAGCGACUGGUCAACAAUGGGCGUGGGUGCACAAAGAGGACUGUUUCCAGAGAACUUUACCCAGCGUUUGGAGUAAAGCAGAGCUGCUUUAGCUGCUGUAAAACAACAUCAGGAAGUGUCAGUGUGUAGGUAAACCAGUCAGCAUGUAGCGCCCCCUUCCUGAAAGAAACCAACGAGCUGCAGCAGCUGAGCUCUGGCGACGCACUGCAAAGUUCAACAUUUACAGAGGCGGAAAUGUUGGUCUUAAAAACAACUGGUAAUAAAUAAGCAUGAUGUGAUACUAUGUUGUACCCUUACCAAAACUGUGUGAGUGUUGUUUUUUUUUUCUUUUUUACAAAUCAAAUAACACUGUAAGGCUAUCUGGAAUCCUGCUGUGACUACAUAUGAACACUUCCAACGCAUCAAUCUGAAAAGGACACACCUGUACCAUUGCACCAGCUGUUGUAUUGGUUUUCUUGCUCUGCUGUUCAGUAUACCAGAGUUUGUGAUGCUGUGAUGUAUUUCAAUGUUUCUGAGUGAUGAAACUAUUAAGUUUGUCAUUACUGGUCACCUUUGUUCACUUGUUCCCCAGUUUGUAUGGUAUCAUGGCUGAAUGUUUGGUUGUGAUCAUUUGUCUAAUUACUAAAGGGAAUGGAGACUUUUACUGUGUGUUUUUGCCAAAUUAAUUGUCAUAUUAGUACUGGCAUCUUUAUGGUCAUCCAGCAUGAAAAAUGUUAGUCUCAGACCCAUGACCUAAACUAUUGUAAAGAGGAUCAAUUAUAUUCAUAUCAGCCAUAUUAUUAUUCAUGUUGGGUUCAAAGAAGGCAGUUUUUAACAAAUACAAUAUGCAAUCUUUGUUGUGGGUCUGUGUAUGGAAGGGUUCAGGUUGACACUAACACUUAAGGUUUGGGUUAACCCUAACCCUGAGUGUUGAUAAAGAUGAGUUCACUCCCUUUGAUGGACACAUUAUUCCACGGUGUACAUGUUCAUGUGAUAUAGAUACUACAGUCCUUUAUGUGAAGAUGAGUAAGUUAUAAUAAAAAAAUUAUAAGUACAAUCUAA